AUGUCUACGCGAAUGGCUGGUCGUUCAGUUGCAUUUGACAUAGUUUCGGGAGGAUCAUUGUAUGAGGCAGCAGAUGCAGCGAUAUGCCGAUCUUUCACCGACCCCUUUCCUUGUGGAAAGGUGGAACUUAUUAUUGCCAUGGACGACCCAUGCAGUAGCAUGGUCUUUGCUAACUUUGCACAGAAGGCCGAGCUUCACUACAAGGUGUGCGAAACCCGCUUUGAGUUCCGAGAGGCAUUGAAGAAGGCUCGGCUGGAGCAUCCAGCAAAACCGCUAGCCAUUGUACUGGGAGAAAAGGCUUGGCUUCAAGAGGUGCAACACACUUCAGAGGCAAGGUCUCCUUACCUGAUUGAUGCAACCUGUUGUGGUGUAUACAAAUGUGGCCACGAAGAAUUGACCGCCUCCGCCGAGUUCGGUGCCUUCAAAAGGGCAAUGCUGAACUGCGAAUUGUAUUUCACUAGUGCCAAGCAUCGGAGACGACCACUGAAGCCUUGUCUCAAGCACUGGGGCUAA